AUGUCAUACUCACCGCUCACCCCAGGCAAGCACAGAACUACAGUCAACAAUCUUACAAUUCACUACACUGUCCUCGCCGACUCGUCUAGUCUCCCACCUUUGAUCAUCCACCCUGCGCCAUGGGGCGUCGGCGCCGAGCUGUAUAUCAACGCCUUCUCUCGUCUCUCGUCAAAGUACACGGUAAUUGUCCCAUCGCCCCGCGGCAACGAUGACUCGCAACGUCCGUCGUCCCCUCAAGAGAUGUCCUCGCGCCACAUCGUUGACGACCUCGAGGCCCUCCGCGCCUACCUGGGUCUCGAGAAGAUCCGUGUCAUGGGGCAUUCAUCAGGCGGCACCAUCGCACUUGGUUACGCGAUUGCCUAUCCAUCAAGGGUGGAAAAGCUAGUCGCCUCCAAUUCCGACCUAUUAGGCUAUGCUCGCAAGGACCGGUCCUUUUUCGAGGAAGCCUUCAAACCGUUCUUCGAGAAUCUGCCCACGGAUGAUGUGGAGUUCAAACAGUUCAUCCUGAAGAUCCUCCCUACGUACUUUGCGCUCCCAGAUCUCGGUGGACCGGCCGAGUUCGAAAAGCAAUGGACUGGCGAGCCUAACUUGUGGGCCUACGGUUCGUACUAUGCUGCGGACUCAGCUUCUGCGCCGGGAGAAGGCGCCCCUGGAGACGGCAACGCCAAGUGGAACCAAGCGGCGGAGUUGCACAAGGUCACGGCCCCGACGCUGGUCCUCACCGGGAGGCAGGAUCGCGCCGCAGCGCCGGAGGUCAGCGCAGCAAUUGCCAGUGGUGUCCAGAGGAGUAAAUUGGCGAUCCUGGAGCCGUGUGGGCAUAUGCCAUGGGUGGAGCAACCCGAGGAGUUCUGGAGUGUGGUGGAGGGCUUCCUGGAGGAGUAA